AUGCAUGUAUGCAUGACGGAAAGUCGCACCGUGCUCUGUAUGCAGGAUGAUGGCUGCCAUGCAGUACCAUAUGCAAACAAACUCAUCAUUUUUGGGGAUUCAUGGUCCGAUAACGGGCAGUUGAAUUCGGGAAUAGCAAAUGAACAACGGCAGAGCAAUGGAUGGACAUGGGUGGAAUACCUGUCGAUGAUGACUGGAGCGGAUCUGUAUGAUUAUGCGUUCUCUGGAGCGACAGCCAAUAAUUCUGUAGUGAAUCGUUCCACAUACGACGUUGGACAACAGAUUGGUUUGUUCCUUGGUAACGAGUCCCAAAUCGGGCAAUCAGAAUCGGAGCGCUCGGUUUUUAUGAUUUGGACAGGGGUCAACGAUGUCCAUGAUAUUUUCACCACGAUCAAUGAAACCGAGCAACAACUAGAAACAAUCAAUCAAGUCGUGCUUUCGAUCGAAAACGAGCUUAGGGUUUUACAUCAAGUUGCAUCGGCGAAGCAAUUGGCAAUUCUGGGUUUGGCGCCGAUUGACCGGCUAGCCUUGUUUGCGGAUUCCUUGGAAGAUGAACGUCAACAAUUGCGAUGGCUUGUACGCCAGUAUAACGCCAAAUUACGCUCAUUGGCUCGGCGCUUUUCAGCACAGACGGGAACAAGGACGGUGUUUGUGGAUAUUCACUCCUUAUUUGACUCCAUCUUUCUAGCCCCUGUCAUUUUCGGGUUUGCAGAGAUCAAUGAUACGUGUAUCUCGCAAGCCUUUCUCUGCGAAGAAUACCCCAAUCGUUAUUUAUGGUGGGACGGAUGGCAUCCGACCACAGCGACCCACAGGUUGAUAGCCAUCACGGUUCUCGGUCAGCUUGCCAUUUUUGAUAUAAAUUAG